AUGUCUUUCACCACAGUCGCCGCGACCGUCAUCGGUGGCCUAGCCACUGCGGCCUAUCUGGACGCCAAACACCUGAUCAGACAUGACCUCACAGGCGGUUCUCUGGCCGGGAGCACUAAGAAGGCAGUGGAGUUUAUCACGAAGAGAGUCUCUGAGGGCAAACUUUUGAUCUACCACCUCAUUGAGGAGCAUGCUCAUGGCAAGAACGCCAACAAUCUGUUUUUGAUAUUCGAAGACCGGACAUGGACAUACAAGCAAUUCUUCGAAGACCUGCAAAGGGUGGGUAACUGGUUGUUGAAGGAUCUCGAGAUCCAGCCCAGAGAGAUCGUCGCAGUCGAUGGCGGGAACAGUCCCGAAUACCUAAUGCUCUGGUUUGGGCUAGAAGCAAUCAACGCCUGUCCGGGGUUCAUCAACUACAACCUGACUGCAGGUCCGUUGACACAUUCUGUCAAGCUAUGCGACGCUCGGUACCUGAUCGCUGACCGGGCUGUGCAAAGCCUGGUUCAACCAUGCGAAGCAGAUCUCUCAGCCUCCAACGUGAAGACAAUAUACUAUGACGAUGCCUUCAUUGCUUCGCUCUCAGACUGCACACCGUUGCCCAAGUCACGACAGAAAGGAAUCCGUCCGGAUGAACUAUGCAGCCUGAUUUAUACCUCCGGAACAACAGGCAUGCCCAAGGGCGUGAUCAUGCUUCGAGGCCGUGAGCUGAACACAGCCCGGGGCGUCAGCGAAUACCUACAUCUGAAGCCCUAUAACAGAAUGUACACGGCACUUCCGCUGUAUCACGGAGCAGGCCACAGCUUAUGUAUAACACCAUCGAUCUUUGCGGGCUCGACGGUCGUGCUCAGCCGCAGAUUCAGCCACAAGACAUUCUGGCCCGAAGUGCGCCAGUCCAACGCUGACAUCAUUCAAUAUGUAGGCGAACUCUGCCGCUAUCUAAUCAACGCGCCGCCCAGCCCACUGGACAAGCAACACAACGUCAAAAUGGCAUGGGGCAACGGCAUGCGGCCGGACGUGUGGGAAGUAUUCCGGUCACGAUUCGAUAUCGAAACCAUCAACGAACUAUACGCCGCCACAGACGGACCCGGGGCAUCGUUCAACGCCAACCGGGGCGACUUCGGCCGCAACGCCAUCGGGAUGCGCGGUCUGCUCUGGCACCGGUGGAACGGUGCGAACGAGAAGCGCGUGCGCAUCGAUCCGGACACGGAAGAGAUCUUGCGUGACACGAACGGCUUCGCGAUCGAAUGCCAGACCGGCGAAGCAGGCGAGGUUCUGCACAGACUAGACCCGGCGACCGCAGACUCCGUGUUUGCAGGAUACUACCAGAACAAGGGGGCGGGCGACAAGCGCAAGAUCCGCGAUGUCUUUGAAAAGGGCGAUCUGUGGUUCCGCUCGGGCGACGUGAUGCGCGAAGACGCCGACGGGUGCGUCUACUUCGUCGACCGCCUGGGCGAUACCUUCCGCUGGCGCAGCGAGAACGUCUCGACCAACGAGGUCAGCGACGUGCUCGGCCGCUUCGAGCAGAUCGCAGAGGCCAACGUCUACGGCGUCCAGGUGCCCCACGCGGACGGCAGAGCUGGAUGUGCGGCCAUCGUCCCCGUUCAGGGACUGUCCGCGGAGGCACUCGACCUCAAGCGUCUGGCUCAGCAUGCCAUCUCUGUCCUCCCGCGCUACGCUGUGCCUGUCUUCCUCCGCGUCGUGCCGCAGCUCGAAUACACGGGCACCAUGAAACUGCAAAAAGGUCGCUUGAGAAGCGAAAGUGUCGAUCUCGAUAAGAUCCGCCACUCGAGUCCGCAUGAUAGGAUGUUUUGGCUUCCACCCGGUGCAAACACUUAUGUCCCGUAUGGCUUCAAGGAGUGGGAAGACUUGAAGGCUGGGAGGGUGAAACUUUAG